AUGCCUGCCUCUUCGUCCAUUUCCCCCGGGCGUAUCGACUCGGCGAGGAGCAAGACAAGUGUUCGUAGAAUCCGCCUGACUGUCGUCGCAGCGGAUAGUCUCAUCAAGAGAGAAGUCUUCAAAGUCCCAGAUCCCUUUGCAGUUAUCACGGUCGAUGCUGAGCAAACGCACACCACGUCGGUAAUCAAGAAAACGCUCAAUCCAUACUGGAACGAGAAUUUUGAAAUUGAUGUCAAGGACUCGUCUGUUGUUGCCGUGCAGGUCUUCGAUCAGCGCAAGUUCAAAAAAAGGGACCAAGGGUUCCUGGGAGUGGUAAACAUCAAGGUUGCCGAUGUUCUGGAUCUGGAAUUAGGCGGUCAUGGUCAGCCCCGAGCGAUCCUUCGACGAAACACUAACGCGCCUAUCGCAGAAACGCUCCAUUUAGACUUGCAACGCUCAAACGACAACCUUCCAGUACAAGGAAAGAUUAUUAUACAUCUGUCCACCAACGUCUCUACUCCGCUUAGCAAUCCAGGACCUUCCCAAUCCAGAGGUUUGACUGCCAUAGGAAACUCAGCGGCCAAUGCGUCGACGGCAUCUCUCACGCCAAGCCCUUCUAUGAAUGGCACUGUGGCAACUGGAGCUACCACCCACUCAGCGUCUACUUCACAGUCCGCAGCGACCUCCACAGCCCCGACCUCGACUGCCUCGGACGCACAGACAAAUGGGACUUCGCAAACACAAACGCUGAUAGACACAUCUUCUAGCCCUCGGGCAACUACCUCAGCGCCGUCCAACAGCGACCGCAACUUCAGUGCGACCGAAGACCAAUAUGGUCCUUUGCCCGAUGGAUGGGAGCGUCGAACAGACCACCUAGGGAGAACAUAUUAUGUAGACCACAACAGCCGUACCACUACAUGGACAAGGCCCUCGAGUAAUCAAACUGCAAAUGCUGCUGAACAACGAGCUGAGGCUGAUGCAUCGCGAGAAAACCAUAACCGCCGCAUUCUUGCGGACGAUCUACUGGAGACUGGUGGAACUUCUCAAGCAGGAAACCCAAGUACGAUCCUCCCCACUAGUAACAUGACGACUGGUGGCUCGGGUCCGCUUCCUGCUGGAUGGGAGGAACGCUUCACCCCGGAAGGCCGACCUUAUUAUGUUUCACAUCUCAGUCGAACGACGACUUGGGUAGACCCACGUAGGCAGCAAAUUAUCCGUGUUCUCGGGCCAAGUGGAAACAGCAUGACGGUACAACCACAGCCAGUGUCUCAGCUUGGACCUCUGCCGUCGGGAUGGGAGAUGCGCCUUACAUCGACAGCGAGGGUGUACUUUGUGGAUCAUAAUACAAAGACUACGACCUGGGACGAUCCGCGCUUGCCUUCAUCGUUGGAUCAGAAUGUCCCGCAAUAUAAGCGCGACUUCCGAAGAAAACUCAUCUACUUCCGAAGUCAGCCAGCGCUUCGCACGCAACCAGGAAACUGCCAGAUCAAGAUACGGCGCAACCAUAUCUUCGAGGACAGUUAUUCCGAGAUUAUGCGACAGACUCCGAAUGAACUCAAGAAGCGACUCAUGAUCAAGUUUGACGGUGAAGAUGGUUUAGAUUACGGAGGACUGUCCAGAGAGUUCUUCUUCCUCUUAUCUCAUGAAAUGUUCAACCCGUUCUACUGCCUCUUUGAAUACUCUGCCCACGACAACUACACCCUCCAAAUCAACCCUGCGUCGGGGGUCAACCCAGAACAUCUCAAUUACUUCAAGUUUAUUGGACGAUGUCUUGGCUUGGGCAUAUUCCACCGUCGUUUCCUCGAUGCAUAUUUUGUCGUCAGCUUCUACAAGAUGAUUCUUCACAAAAAGGUGUCCUUGUCGGACCUCGAGAGUGUGGAUGCCGAGCUUCACCGUGGAAUGACCUGGAUGCUAGAGAAUGACAUCACGGAUAUCAUCGACGAGACAUUCACUACAGUGGAAGACCGAUUUGGUGAACUCGUGACGAUUGAACUGAAACCUGGAGGAGCAGAUAUUCCUGUCACAGAAGAGAAUAAGAAGGAUUACGUAGAUGCCGUAAUCGAAUAUCGGGUGCACAAGCGUGUCAAGGAACAGUUUGACGCGUUCAUGGCCGGCUUCUCCGAGCUCAUUCCUCAAGAUCUCAUCAACGUAUUCGAUGAACGAGAAUUGGAAUUGUUGAUUGGAGGCAUGUCUGAGAUUGACGUGGACGAUUGGACGAAGCAUACGGAUUACCGAGGGUACGAUAUCAAUGAUCAAGUCAUCAAGUGGUUCUGGGAUUGUGUGCGAAGGUGGCCCCCAGAAAAGAAAUCCCGUCUCCUGCAGUUCACUACUGGAACCUCUCGUAUUCCCGUCAACGGUUUCAAGGACUUGCAAGGGUCAGAUGGUCCAAGAAGAUUUACCAUUGAAAAAUCGGGAGACCCGUCGCAACUGCCGAAGAGCCAUACAUGCUUUAAUAGAAUCGAUCUACCUCCAUAUAAGGAUUACGAAAGCUUAGAGCAGAAGCUCACAUUGGCUGUAGAAGAGACUGUAGGAUUUGGUCAGGAAUAA